CCCUCCUCCUGCAGUCUGGCUUUGUUUACGAGGGCGUGCGGCCGUUGCUCCGUGCCUUUACCUACGCGCGCGUGUCGAAUUUAAAAAUAAAACUUAUUUGGCGCGCACCGAUAUCCUGUUCCUUGGAUAUGUGCAUUGAUAUUUUUAAACAGUGAAUCAACAUACAUAGUUUUAUAAUCAUUAUCGAAAAUAUUUUAACAAGUGAAUAUUUAAACAAACAAAAAUAAAUUCUCGCCAGUGCAACCAGUUCGACUGCUUUCGUUCCCUUUGAGGUAGAAGAAAUAUAAACACGAUUGUUUAUUAUGAAAUGUAAUUUACUUAAGUGAAUAGUGAAUAUUUGAUAUUACUUCGAAUACUUUCAUCGCACCCAAAAUGGAUUGGCGGGAGAAACUUUUCGGCAAAGUUCUUGUUAAAUGUGAUUCACCGGGUACACAAAAUGGCCAAUUCGAGAAUGUGCCAACAUUGGAAGCAUUGGGAGACUGCGUGGAAGAUGGGGAAGGAGCUGUUUGUGGGAUAUAUUUCUCGUUUGCGAACAUCAGCGAUACGAGUGAUGACUUUGGGGUUAGGUUGGAAGAUGUUUAUAAGAAGGUUGAUCCUCGCCUGAAGGUGGUCCAAGUGGUCCUGUGGGCGCACGUAGGGACACCGGAGGGUCCUGUCGAGAGGGAAGCGGGAUUCCGGCGGAGCUUGACCGGCAAGCCGUGGUUUGCUGUGCCCUUUCAUGAUGUUGAUAUUAAGCGCCGUCUAACACAGAAGUACAGCAUCGCCGUGGGUGUCCCUACCCUGGUGAUCCGCGGCAGGCCGGUGAGGGACGCGUUACUGAACGACCCAGGGGGUGAGAGGUUCCCCUGGCCUGCUCCACCACUACAGGAUGUUCUGCGAGGUGUGCAACUCCAGGGGGAAGCGGGGAGUAAGCUGUUUGAAGAGCUACCAGGAGAUACUGUCAAAGUAUUUUACUUCGCCGCACAUUGGUGUCCACCUUGCCGUACAUUCGCACCGAGCCUCUGCAACGCACUAGCGGCAGUGCGCAAGCGCAGAGCUAAAUACACCAACACGCAGCUUAUACUGGUAUCCAGUGAUAGGAGCGAGCAAUCGUACAAGCGUACGGUGUCAUCAGUGAGCGCGGCGGGGGCACUGGCGGUCCCCUGGGCGGCAACGGAGGCGCGUUUAGCUCUGCCCACCGCGCUUGGCGUCGCCGGUAUUCCUGCAUUAGUCCUCACAGACUCCAAUGGGAAAGUCAUCACCGCCAACGGCAGACAGCACCUCGCCGCCGAUCCUUUAGGACUGAACUUCCCAUGGGGUCAACGUCCGGUGUCUUUGCUGACUGAGCAAGCAUUACUCAAAAUGGCGCGUCAUCCUGCGGUUGUCUUGUUUAUUGAUGACGAAGACGCGGAAAUAGAAUUCUCAGAAUCCGUACUAACACCGUCAGCGGAAUCCUACUAUGAAGAGUGCAGUAUCCAGUACCCGGGGUUCUGUCCUUACCAGAACUCCUCCGACGACGAAACUAUGGACUUCGAUUACACAACAUCACGUUCAAGAGUCAAGAAGAAAUCAUUCAAACAUGUGAUGUUUUAUAUCGGAAUUGAUGGUACUGAUAGUGCUGAUAUGCUAAGAGAACAUAUCGGCUUAGACGACGCUGUACCAUUACUUACCGCAAUCGAUUUCCCCAAACAGAGAAUGGUCACAAUGAAAUAUGGCGACGAAAUCACAACUGAUUCGGUACAAAACUUCGUUGACGCUUAUUUGAGCGGGAAUUCAGAUUUCAAACCAUUAAAGCCUUAUAGUGAGAAAUGUUAAAUUAAAUUACGUAACCUGUGAUCAGUCAUUUGGAUUUUGGAAAAAAGUAGAUAUUUAAUAACGAUUGUGUUCCCGCCAAAAUUGUACGAACUGAUUAAACCAUAGACUAAAAUAACGAUGUUUUUUAUCAACUAAAUGACUGCAUCUUUCCUCUUUAAGCAAUCACAGAUAAUAAGAAAGCUAUAAAUCUUAAACUAGAUUUGGAAUUUUCGUAGAAAGUAGAAUUUAACGACUAUUUAUAACUAAAAUCCAUUACGGUAAAAAUUGGUGGCCUUAUGUGCUACGAAGUUUGAAAUUGACAUUCAAAUAUGCCUUUCACCGUGAAUGACCAUUUAUUUCUUGCUUGCACAAGUCUUAUUAAGACCUACCUCAUGAAUACACCAUAGGUCAAUUACUGUACUCGUGUACGAACCUUUUCUUCAUACCUUCUGUAUCGAACACCUUUGUAAAAUAUUUUAUGUUUUGCAAUUUUAACAGAAUUAUGAAUAUUUACCUACCACGUUUAGAAAUAAGUAGACUGCAAAUAGUAUUUUAUAAACAUAGGAGUAGUCGUAGGUACUGUUUUGUUUUCAUAAUAAACCAAAACUUAAAUUAUAUGGAAAACGUAAUUCUGUAGCAUGUAUUGUAGAUUUUGGUUUACAUAAUCUCAGUAUUAAAAAUCUUAAUUGUUUUUAUCUGUAACAAUGUAGUAGCAUAACAAAAUAGUAAUAGACAUAGACAAUGUUUACGUUUAAUUUAAUUUUCGAUCUGUGAUUCGAUUGUUUUUAAAUAAAAGUCUUCAUAUUAA